UUGCCCACUAGGACACGCCCCCUCAGUCAGGUGAUCUCGGGGCUGCCUCGGUCUGUUGCGCAGUGUGAUUGCUGUCCGCGUGCUGCUGGUACCUGUGCGCUCUCUGUACGCUGUAACCAUGGAUACCGCUCGCCAGUACCAGUUCGUGGUGUUCGGGGCCUCGGGCUUCACCGGACAGUUCGUGGUAGAGGAGCUGGCUCGGGUGCUGGACGGGGCGGAAUUCAGAGACUCCAGGCUCCGCUGGGCGGUUGCGGGGAGAAACCAGAAGCGGCUGGAGGAUGUCCUGUCCUGGGCUGCCGAGCGGCUGUCUAAGCCGCAGCUGAAGUCGGAGGUUGGCAUUAUAAUCUGCGAUGUUAGUGAUCCCCCCUCCCUUGAUGAAAUGUGUAAGAAGUCCUCUGUUGUUCUUGAUUGCGUGGGACCAUACAGGUUUUUCGGUGAGCCUGUAAUAAAGUCCUGUGUGGAGAAUGGAGCACACUGUGUUGAUAUAAGUGGAGAGCCCCAGUUCCUAGAAGGAAUGUAUGCGAAGUAUGACAGCCAAGCUGCUGAAAAUGGAGUAUAUAUUGUGGGUAGCACCGGAUUUGACUCUAUUCCAGCAGACUUGGGAGUGUUAUUCACACGAAACAGCUUGCAAGGUACUUUGACCGCAGUGGAAAGCAUCUUAACUUUCAAAGCAGGAUCAUCGGGUACCUGCAUUCAUGAUGGAACAUGGCAAUCUGCUGUUCAUGGAGUAGCAGACCAGGGUAAUCUUAAGAAACUCAGAAAGCAAUUGGCAUGUAAGCCACUUCCAGUUGUUGGUCAGAAAUUAAAAAAAAGGGGUGCAUUGUUUUACUCCAAUGAAGUAGGACAGUAUGCUAUUCCAUUCCUUGGAUCAGAUGCUUCUGUAGUUAGAAGGACCCAACGAUUCCUGUACGAACACCAUGAGGAGACCCCUGUGCAGUACUCUGCCUAUACUGCAGUGGGUGGUCUUGGAUCAGCAAUCAAACUGAUUUUUGCUGGAUUACUAUUUGUCAUUUUCGCAAAAUUUAGCUGUGGAAGAAAGCUUCUGAUAAAAUACCCCAAAUUCUUUUCAUUUGGCUACGUAUCAUCAGAGGGACCAUCACAGCAGCAGAUGGGCGAAUCUUCUUUUGAAAUGACAUUCUUUGGUGAGGGAUAUAGUAAGGGUAAAGACCCACAGCAAGGGAAGCCAGAUUUGAAAAUCUGCACUCAGGUUUCAGGACCAGAGGUUGCCUAUGUGAGUACUCCCAUUGCAAUGGUGCAGGCUGCAGUGACCAUUUUAAAGGAACCAGGUUCCCUCCCAGAAGGGGGGGGUGUAUUCACACCAGGAGCAGCAUUCUCGAAGACCAAGCUCAUUGAACGCCUUGACAAAGCUGGCCUGCACUUUAAAGUAAUCAGCACUUUGGAUGCCUGAAUGCUGUGAAGCGGUUGCGCUGCAUGGAUACUCAUAGCUAGCUUCAAGGAAUGGGGGACUAAUGGCUCACGGAAGAGAUCUUUAAAGGCAUUUAAUUGUUUAAUUUUUUACGUAAAUAGACUAAUUAAAUAACAGCAUUAA